AUGGGGUCGGAGGAAGCACAUAUCACGGAGGCCCUGCUUGGCGCGGCGGAGACGGAGCUGUCUGAGGAACUCCGGAGGCGGCGCACCCCGGAAUGGAACAUGACCGCCGCCGCACGGGCAGCCCUGGCGACCGCCCUUGACAAGCGACGGGCGGCGCGGCAUGGCUUCAAGGCCAGACCGAACGCAGCAACGUGGAGGAUCCUCAAAGCAGCGUGCAAGGGGGUGAAGGCAACAAUCGCAACGAGCGUCUACGACCACCUGGAAGGGUACGUGACGGAGCUCGAAGCGAUUUACCAGGACCGCGACAUGCGGGGGCUGUACCAACACCUCAAGCGAUCAACGGGCCUCAGCGGGAGACAAGCUGGGGGGCAGCAGUUCGUUACAGACGAGAACGGCGUGCUACUCCGGAACAAGGAUGCCAUCCUCAAGCGGUGGCGGAGAUUCUUCAAUACCCUCCUGAACUCCAAGUCCCCCACUCUGAACCCAGACGUUGUCGAACAGGUGAUGCAGCGACCAGCGACGCGCGCCACCCGACACCUGGCGGCGGUACCAGACCUCGAGGAGGUUGAGGCGGCGACGAAAGGCCUGGGGAACUGGAAGGCGGUUGGUCCCGACCUCCUUGCCGCCGAACUGCUCAAGGUCGACGGCGACGACGAGCCAGUUGUCCUGGAGCGCCUCCGUGCCAUCUUCGUCGAAGUGUGGAAUGGGGGAGAGAUGCCGCAGGAGUGGAAGGAUGCCAUCAUUAAGGUGCUGUACAAGAAGGGUGACCGUUCGAACUGCAACAACUACAGGGGCAUCUCGCUGCUCUCGCAUGUAGGCAAAGUACUCGCCAAGACCAUCACCAACCGCCUGAGCGCAUUCUGCGAAGCCAACGAAAUCCUCCCGGAGGAACAGUGCGGGUUCCGGCCUGGCCGAUCCACGGUAUGCAUGCUGUUCGUUGUGCGCCGACUCCAGGAGCUGGGGCGGAGGAGGAGAAUCCCGCUCUACAUGUGCUUCAUCGAUCUGCAGAAGGCAUAUGACUCGGUGGACCGGGAGCUACUGUGGAAGGUGCUGGCCCGGGCCGGGAUCCCCGGGGAGAUGAUCGCCGUCAUCCGCAAGUUCCACGUCGGAAUGCGGGCCCGGGUCCGCACGGACGAUGGGGAGCUAUCGGACUGGUUCCCGGUCACGCAGGGAUUACGACAAGGGUGCUCAAUGUCCCCACUGCUGUUCAACGUCUUCUUCGCAGCGCCUCUCGAGAUCAUUGUCACACGGUUCAGCCAAGAUGAGGUUAUCGUGCGGGACCUAGUGUACUUGAAGGAGGAGGAACGGAGGGGGGAGGGAUUGCUGGACCGAGUCCGGAGGGCGGUGUGGGGGAGGCUAUAUGCCGACGAUGCCGGCGUUGUGUCGAAGUCCGCCGACGGCCUGGCGAGGAUGAUGACCAUUAUCGUGGAGGUGUUCCGGGAGUUCGGGCUGACGGUGUCGGAGAGGAAGACGGAGACCCUGGUGAUGCGGGUGAAGGAGAGACAGCGACCGCCGCCGCCGCCACCGCCGGUGCUGACCAUCGAAGCAGCGGGGCAAAGGUACGCACAGACGACCGAGUUCCGAUACCUGGGCGGCCUCGUCAACGAGCAGGGCGACCUUACCCGAGAGAUCAACCACAGGAGCAAAGCAGCGUGGGCGUGCAUUAAGCGAUACGCCACGGAGCUCUUCGACCGACCGGGAGCACCGUUUCGCCUCAAAGCCCGCCUGCUCCAGGCGGAGGCAGUGGAGGCACUGCUAUACGGCUGCAUGACAUGGUCCCCACGCCGCAACCACUACGGAAUGCUGCAGACGACACACCACCGGCUACUCCUGCGAGUCAUCGGCUACCGGCGCAAACGAGGCACCUACCGGCAGCUGUCAUACGCCCAGGCGCUGAAGAGGGUCGGCUGCCAGAGCGUGGAGGCCACUGUCCGUCAACGGCGCCUGCUCUUUGCGGGGGCCGUGGCAAGACAGCCGGACGGGCGGCUUCCGAAACGGCUGAUGUUCGGCGAGUUGGUGGGAGGGGAGGGCCCGGGCCAGGGAAACCCGGAGCAGAACUGGCUGACAUGCCUGAAGGACGACAUGAAGAUGUUCGAAGCCAGGUACGGCUCCACGACCGACAAGCCGAGCGUCUUCGGAGUCCCGAAGUUAGUCUGGAGUGAGGCGGCGAAGGUGGAGGGGGGGGUACCGUGGCACGCGGGGGUGCUACAGGGAGCUGAGAGGUUCAUGGCCUCUUGGCACAAGGGCAAGGAGGAGGCCAGCCGACAACGAGCCAUCAAACGAGGAGACAGCGGGCCCAAAAAUAGUCUAGAUACGGCACCAAUCAACGGGGCGGGAGGGGGGCGGGAGGAAACGGCGCGGGAAGAAAGCAAGCGAGAAGAGACCGACCGCGUGACGUGACAUGUUGCGGUUGAAUUUCAGCGACUAGUUUUUCUGUUGCCCUCUCCCCCGUUUGCUGUCGCGUUCAGACUGGCUCUACGGAUAUCCCUGUCUCUGUGGGAGUUUGUUUAUGUCCUCGUCUGUCUUUGAUUUAUUUCGGCUUUGUUUUGUUUUUUUACUGGCACGUACUGUUGACCCUUGGGGUCCUUCCGGAAGGCUACCCCCCAGGCUGGUGGUGCGCACGUUCCACUAUUUGUUUAAUUAUUUGUUUCUGAUUCUUUUGUUUUCUUGUAUUUUAUC